GUCUGUUCGCCUAAACCAUUUAUACUAGUGUCAAGCUAUUUUAACAAUAGCUUCUAGUGAUGAAAGAUUCCACACUAGUGAGCCGAUUUCGGUGUCUAGCUUCUCUGAAGGAACAAACCGAUCGCAUGAAAGAUGCAUUGACGCGUUUAUCCGAACAAAAAGAAUUCACCGACCUAGAAUCGCGAAGGAUAGCGGAAUAUAAGAGGGAGAUGCAGUGUUUGCUUGCUGAUCGAGCGUUUCACCUACAUCAGCUUCAGCUCAUCGAAUUUGAUAUUGCAUUGUUAGAUUCCACAAUCCAACAUGCUGUCCAAGACCGUCGAGAUGCGUUUGCGUCAACUGAACAACUUCAGACCCAGUACAAGCAACUUUUAGAGCAAAUCAAUGAGAAGAGGAACUUUUUAAAACUUAAACCCUUAGACGAUUCCUUGGAAUUGUGUUCCUCUUGUGCGGUACAGUCUAAUGGCUUAUGCUCUAUAGAAAGCCAUUCCAAUAAAUUGGCGAGUACUGAAGGCCUACCCAUCCUAAGUACCACCGACCCCACCGAUGGGCUCACAUUACAAUAUGGUGCGGGUGACAGUCCAUCUUUUCCCGGGUCCUCCACUCUCAGUAAGAAUACCAAUUAUGGUCUUUUGGAUGAGAUGCAGUCGGCAAACACACAGUUGGGCAUUACACCCGGAAGAACAGCUGUUAUUGGACAAUCAGAUGACUUCAGAAACUGGACAGGACCCCACACGUCGACUCAAGAAACCUGUUUCGAUUCAGUAUCCAACUAUGAUACUGCGAGAUUUCUGUGCUCUGAUGCUCCCAGUCUUGUGGCCUGUUCCGAAUCGAACCCGUUUUUUGUCACACCAGAUGGUCAAUCGAUUGGGCAGUCUCCCCCCAUGAAAACCUGCCAGUCCUGCCAGCAACUAAUCCACCGCAACGCGCCAAUAUGUCCACUAUGUAAGACGAAAAGUCGGUCGCGUCACCCAAAGAAACCUCGCGACAGGACGAUACAGCACAUUAGUGGCAUAUCUGUUUCCGUGGAUGCCGCUCCCACUCGCGAGCAGUCAGGUCCGACUGAACCAGAAUGAAUGCGAAGAUUUCACUGUACCUUCGUCUCUGACCUCAUUGUUCACCUUCUUCCUAUACGCGCCUUCUCUUUUCCUAUGCUGUGUUGUCUCAUGCCUAUCGCCGUCCUUUGACUCUCUCCAUCUCAUUUGUCACAUACAAUAAAUUCUCUGUCAACAUGUUACUCCGCAAAGAAUGUUCUUAUCCG